AUGAUUCGACAGUACACGUACCUGGAUUCCUACGAAGUGCUACCGGAGGGAUUUCAGACAUCCCAAGAGAUCUCAAGAAUCCAUGUCGACCAUUGUAUCGAGACCCUUCGUCUUCAUCUCAUAUGUGCAGGGGAUGUGACGCCCGUGCUGUUAAGGUUGAAUGAGUCGAAGCCACUAGGGGCCGAGGCAGAUUUCUCGACACACCACAAAUGUCGCCGAUUCGACAAGUUAACCGAAUGGAUGAAGGAGCACGCUGUGCCUACAGGGAAGUUUUGA